GAACCAAACAUCGAUAUGGAUUUCGCCACCGCCUCCGAGAAAGCCAAGAGCUUCACCAAGACCCCAACCAAUGAUGAAUUCUUGGAAUUCUAUGGUCUCUACAAGCAGGCCACCGUUGGUGAUAACAACACCAGUGAGCCAGGUGCAUUGGACUUGAAGGGCAAGGCUAAAUGGAAUGCCUGGAACAAGCACAAGGGAUUGUCCACCGAUGCUGCCAAGGCUGCAUACAUUGCAACCUAUGAGAAAUACGCACCCAAAUAUGCCUAAAUUACUUAACUUUUGUCACACAAAUGGAGAUAAAUAAAUGACCACAAACGCACAAACACAAAAAAA